AUCCAGAAGACAUGGCUGCGAGAUCGACCUUCAUUGCCACAUUAUCGUUAAGGUGUAUGCUAAAACCCCCGAACAAAUUAAUCGCAAGCAGACAUUCUCUGUGCACCUGCACCAAAUUUUUGACGGUUGCCAGUAACGCCGGCCUCCUCAAAAUUACAGAAUUUUCUAUAUACAAAAAUGCACCUGCUAGAAGUUUUCGUUCAUCCACAAAUGUCAAUGCAAAAAGAGACUACUAUGAAGUGCUGGGUGUCAACAAGUCUUCAACACAGAAAGAUAUCAAAAAAGCUUAUUACCAACUGGCAAAAAAGUUUCAUCCAGAUAUGAAUAAAAAUGAUCCAGAUGCACAAAAGAAAUUCCAAGAGGUUUCAGAGGCAUAUGAAGUGUUGUCUGAUGAAGGUAAGCGCAAGCAGUAUGACACAUUUGGCAUGGGCAGUGAGAAUUUUUCAUCUGCAGCUGGUCAACAAGGUCCAUUCAGAGGAGGUUUUGAGAAUUUCCACAGCUCUGUCGAUCCUGAGGAACUGUUCAGAAAAAUUUUUGGUGAGGCAGGCUUUAGAAUGUCAGGCUUCAAUAACUUUGGAGAUUUCGCUGAGUCUAAUUUUGGAUUUGCUCCUGCCUCCGAAGUAAUAAUGAAUCUGACGUUUCAACAAGCAGCACGAGGUUGCAACAAAGAAAUUGACAUUAAUGUGUCAGAUACAUGCCCUCGAUGUGCUGGACAGAAGGUUGAACCAGGCACAAGAAAAGUCAAAUGCCAUCACUGCAAUGGAACUGGCAUGGAAACAAUAAGCACAGGACCUUUCAUAAUGCAGUCGACCUGUAGACACUGUCGUGGAUCAAGGGUUCUUAUUAAAACCCCAUGUGUCGAGUGCCAGGGAGCUGGCAAGACAAUUCAAAGAAAGCACAUCGCUGUUCCAGUGCCAGCUGGUGUUGAGGAUGGGCAGACUGUCAGAAUGCCAGUGGGAAGCAAAGAAAUAUUCAUUACUUUCAAAGUUGAAAAAAGCAAAACUUUCCGACGAGAAGGCGCCGACAUUCAUUCAGAUGUCAAUGUAAGUCUGUCACAGGCAGUUUUAGGAGGUACUGUAAAAGUGCCAGGCAUUUAUGAAAACAUUCUUCUUAAUAUACCAGCUGGAACGUCCUCACACACGAUCAUCAGGCUGCCUGGCAAGGGCAUUCCACGGUCACACAGCUAUGGCCAUGGUGACCACUACGUGCACGUUAAAAUAAAUAUCCCUACCCACUUAACUCCGCAGCAGAAAGCACUUGUAUUGUCAUUGGCAGAGAUGGAAACAGGUGUGGAUGGUACAAUAAAUGGCAUCACGCAGACUAAAACAGGUAAAGUAGCAAUUGAAGAUAAAGAUGGCUAUGUGGAACAGAUCAGACAGCUGUUACAUUCGUCGUUGCAAAAGAAACAACAGAAUAGUUAAAUGUUGACUUUAACUUUUAUUUGAUUUUGUUCCUUUUUUUUACUACGAAUACUUUACUAGGGUCAUUAAAUGUAAUUGCUAUUCAAAUAAAACUUCACAUCAUGCUUUUA